GCAGCCAUUGCUCAAAACCUCAAUUGGAAGAGUUUUAUUUGAUCGAAGGCCUGAUUGAAACAUUAAUGCAGAUUUAUUUAAUAUUUUAUCAAAAUUUAUUAAUUUUUAACUACAUAUUAGAGCUACUUUGAUUUGAACAACUAAAUACAAAAAUACUCUACCCAAAAAUUUAUUAAUUUCGUCAAAAUAAAAUUAUGGCCUUGUGUCAAACAUCUGUGCUAAAAUUGUACCAUUCGGUAAUUGAAGAUGUCAUUUCGAGUGUAAGAGAUGCGUUUUUGGAUGAAGGUGUCGACGAACAAGUCCUACAGGAGAUGAAACAAAUAUGGACAAAUAAAAUUUUGGCAAGUAGGGCAGUAGAAAUUACUCCAGAUCCUCCAGAGCCAACACCUCCUCCAAUAAUUGCCAAUAACCCAAAGAGUGCAACAAAUAAAACCAAAGCUAAGGCUGCCGCAAAUAAAAACGCUAUUGCAGCUGCAGGGAACAACGAAAACAAUAAGGAUAAUACAGGUGGAACUCCUGUAGCACAAGCAUUAAAUGGCAAUUCUAAAGCUACAGUUAACACUCAACCAAAGCCUCAAAACGUCCAAGGUCCAACUGCAAACACAAAUCUACAGCAACAAAACAUGCAACAACAGCAACAAUCUCAGCAACAAUUACAAGUACAACAGCAACAAGUACCCGCACAGCAAACACCGUCAUCUGCAAUACCUGCAGUAGCAGCCCUGGAUCCUAAUAAAAUAAUGCCCGUUAAUAUAACCUUACCAGCUCAACCAGGUACUGUCAAUUCAGAAUCUCGAGUUUUAACAAUUCAUGUACCAGCAUCGGCAUUGCAAGAAAAUCAAUUAACCCAGAUAUUAACCGCAAACUUAAUUUCAUCAAUUAUGUCCCUCCCGACAGCAUUAGCAUCCAACGUGCUGCAACAACAUGUUAAUGCAGCUUUGCAGAACUCAGCUAUUCAUAAAAAUUUUAACGUCGCAAAACAACAGUUGGAUGGGGCAGUCGACACUUCGGACGAAGAUGGCAGUGAGGAAAGUGAUGAAAAUUUAGAUAAUGAAGAAGAUGAAGAUCCUGAUCGUGAUGAUGAUGAAGAUAAUGAUGGCGAAGGUGGCGCUGAAGAAGAACCUUUAAAUAGCGAAGAUGAUGUAACUGAUGAAGAUGCAAGUGAUUUAUUUGACACUGAUAAUGUGGUUGUCUGUCAAUAUGAUAAGAUUACACGAUCAAGAAAUAAAUGGAAAUUUUACUUAAAAGAUGGAAUCAUGAACAUAGGGGGUAAGGAUUAUGUUUUUCAAAAAUCAAAUGGCGACGCAGAGUGGUAGGCAGUAUUCAAAUAUACAUUAAAUAAUUUAUAAUUAGUUGUUAGAUAAUUAAAAAAAAUGAGAGAAAAUGAAAAACAUGAGAUGGAAGUGUUAUGUCCUUUUUGUAAAUGUAUAUCUGUUAAUCAAGAGACUAAUAUAAAUCAAAAAUUUAUAGUGCUCAAAAUAUAGUUUAUGCAAAUAACAUAUUUCGCAAAGAUUAAAUUUAAAUCUAAAUAAUAUGUAUGUAAUAAAAAGCUAAUUCAAGUAUUUAAUUCAAAAACUUGUUUUCUGGAAAAGACAUGAAAAAUAGAUCAAAAUUUUAAAUAUGUAAUUUUUUUUGAAGAUAUACAUGCAAAGCAACGAAAUUUGUUAUUUUAAUUAUACUUAGUUUUUAAUAUUAUAAAAAACGUAUUGACUUUUUUUUUUUAGUUUGGUUUACUUUAGCUUAUUUUGUUUGUUCAGUUACAUAUAGAAUUAUUUGAGUAAUAAAAGUUAAGCGAAUUUAA